AUGGCGUUCGCUUCUCCGUCCUCAAAACGUUUCGUUGUCGCCCUGUUUGCACUUUCUUCAUUUAGUCUUGUUACGAUAACAGCCUUGUUGGGGUAUCUUCCCGGCCCACAAGCACUUGAAGGCACAGUCCUUCCUUACGCAUUUACUUUAAUUGCCCGCGACUGUGGAGCUGCCAUUUUAUGCGCCAUACUAGGCUAUGUUUUUGUAAAGGUCAAUACGCACGCGGCGGAAAAGGAAUGGAUGAAACCAAGUGAUUCUCGCAAGCUCAUUCACACCUUCUCAGCACCCUUGUACAUGUUAUUGUGGCCUGUGUUUUCGACCGCUGAAGGUGCUAAAUAUUUUGCUGCCGUCGUGCCGUUGGUAAACACUGUCCGCCUUUACCUGGCGUCAACCGGCAAUGGUGAAGCCUCGCUGGCGCGUGCCGUUAGCCGUUCCGGAAAUGCCAAGGAAGCCCUGGGAGGUCCCUUUAUCUAUACUCUCAUCAUGACAGUUUGUAUUGUGGCUUUCUGGAGAGAUUCGCCUACAGGAAUCGUCACAUUAAGCACUUUGGCUGCGGGGGACGGCCUGGCUGAUUUGCUGGGACGACGCUUUGGAACUGGGAAUCAGUGGCCAGGGCUGGAAAAAAGUGUUGCAGGGACCUUCGCCUUUUGGGCUGGAUCUACGCUUACCUCAUUGGGUUUAUUGAGUUGGAUGGUCUAUUGGGAUUGUUUAGCACUGUCGGCUUCUGUGAAGGGUGCUCUUUUUGGAAUCGUGGCUGGGAUUAGUCUCGUAGCUGCCAUCUUAGAGCUGCUCCCCUUUGGCGACGACAAUUAUACUGUCUCAAUAGCCGCCCUUGUCUUGUCGAUCAUUUAUCUUCAAUAG